CAUCACGUGACUGCCGGCACUUCCUCAAACUUGACGCAGGAGCGCGUGCAAUCACGUCGUAGUCUUGUUCCUCGUCCUCUUUUUUGGUGCUGGGUUUGGUUGGUUCUGGUGUCAUUCAUUGGAGAUUCGAUGAUGAUGACGAUGAUGAUGGUGAGGAGGAGUGGUACCGCGCGCGUCAUGGUGGCUCUCGUGGGCCUGCUUACCUGCUGCGUGAGGCGCGUGCACAGCGGAGGGGCUAGCAACAUCCUCCUCAUCGUCACUGACGACCAGGACCUCCAGCUGGGCGGCAUGACACCAAUGAAGAAGACAAAGGAGCUGAUCGGAGACGCAGGAGCGACCUUUGUCAACUCGUUCACGGUGACGCCGCUGUGCUGUCCAAGUCGGAGCAGCAUCCUGACGGGCCGCUACCCUCACAACCAUCAAGUGAGGAACAACUCGCUGGCCGGGAACUGCUCCAGCGCUCUGUGGCAGAGCGGCGCCGAAACGGACGCCUUCCCUGUCUACCUCAACAAGCUGCAGUACCAGACCUUCUUCGCCGGGAAGUAUCUCAACCAGUACGGGAAGCAGGAAGCGGGCGGCGUCGGCCAUGUUCCACCAGGCUGGGACCAGUGGCACGCACUGGUGGGGAACUCACGGUACUACAACUACACGCUCUCCAACAACGGACAAGAGGAGAAGCACGGUGAUAAUUACAAUGACGACUACCUCACCGACCUCAUUGCCAACAGGUCGCUUCACUUCCUGGACAAUCGAAGCCCACUGCACCCCUUCUUCCUCAUGUUGGCGCCCCCGGCCCCCCACUCCCCAUGGACCACUGCACCACAAUACCAGAAGCACUUUGAGGACAUCAAAGCCCCCCGAGACGGAAGCUUCAACAAAGCAGGAAAGGACAAGCACUGGCUGCUGCGCCAGCCCAUCAGCCCCAUGCUAAACACCUCGCUCACCUUCCUGGAUGACGCGUACAGGAAGAGGUGGCGGACGCUGCUGUCUGUGGACGACCUGGUGGAGAAGCUGGUGAAGAAGCUGGAGGACAUCAAGGAGCUGAACAACACUUAUGUACUUUUUACAUCUGAUAAUGGCUACCACACAGGUCAGUUUUCGCUGCCCAUCGAUAAGCGCCAGCUUUACGAGUUUGACAUCAGGACACCGUUGCUGGUCCGUGGUCCCGGCAUCAAACCCAAGCAGACGCUGAAGGCUCCCGUGCUGAACAUCGACCUCGCCCCCACCAUCCUGGACAUUGCUGGCAUCAACAUGUCUGCCGUCAACAUGGACGGCCAGUCCUUUUUCCCGAUCAUGGCGCCGUCGCUGAGGAACGGCUCGGCACGGCCGUUCUUCCUGGUGGAGUACACGGGGGAGGGGCUCACCAGCGCUGAGCCCGCCUGCCCCAAACUGGGCCCCGGCCUGUCGCAAUGUUUCCCCGACUGCGUGUGCGAAGACGCCUUCAACAACACGUACGCCUGCGUCAGGACGCUCGACGGCCGUGAUGAUUUGCAGUACUGCGAGUUUGCCGACAGCGAGUCCUUUGUGGAGGUGUACAACUUGACCGCUGACCCCCACCAGUUGGAGAACGUGGUCAAGAAGGUGGACCCCAACGUGCUGCAGACCAUGAACCAGCGACUCAUCAAACUCCAGUCCUGCCAGGGCACCGGCUGUCGCUCUGUGUCGUAGCGGUCAUCCCAGAUGCCAAGAUGGCUGAGCGUGUAACUUCCUUUACAGACUGAGCCGACGCUGCCGAGACACGUCCCUGAACGCACCGUCAGAUUUCUCCCAAUCAGCUUUUAUUCUUCAAAUUGGAAUCAAGUUGCCUGUGGAUACUUUUUUUUAUUCAGUCUUCAUGCUGAGCUAACGGACACUUGCUACACAUUAGCUUAGCAUUGUUGCUUUUAUUGUGAUUGGAUUUGUGUUGUCUCUGUGCCUCACACUAAGGUUUUGUGACUUUCACAAUGAUUUGUGAUUUUUUUUGGAAGAAUUUAGCACUGAAUGUAUAAACGUCAGCAGACGCUGCUGGUCAGAUAGUCAAAGUUUA